CUUUUCACCAGUGUAAAUGGAGUUUCUAAUUUUGUUGUUUCUCAUGCAUACAUUUUCAACAAAUGGAUAUGAUAAUUUAUCAGUGGGAAAGCAUUGUGAACAGAGUUCAAUGUGGACAUGUUCUGGUGAGGGCUGCAAAAUGUAUGAAGCAAACAACGCAGUUGAUGGAAAAAUCAAUACAUGUAUGAGAACUGAGGUGAUUGGUUCUUCCUCUUCUCACAAAACAGUGUGGUGGAGGGUAGAUCUUGGAGACAUUAAGAGUAUAUACAGUAUCAGGAUACAGUUUAAGGACUUUGGACAGGAAUUCUCUGAUCGUCAACGAGGAAGACUUGCAGGGUUUUCGUUAUAUGUUUCGAACACAAAAGUAAUUAAGAAAAGUUAUCUUUGUUACAAAGAUGGACCAGAACUACCUCCGUUAGAUAUAAGCAAAAUCUGUACCAUGCAUGGACGAUAUGUUACAUUUUACAAUGAACGAAAUAAGACAUCAUAUCCUGUCGGGUACGAAAUGGCAACUGUUUCAACGGAGAUAUGUGAAGUGAAUGUGAUGGGUUGUAAAACAGAUGGGUUUUAUGGUAAAAACUGUGAUCUUCCUUGCCCCCUUCAGUGCCAGGAUAGAAGAUGUCAUAUUAAAAAGGGAACCUGUCUUGGUUGUACAUCUGGUUGGAUAGGAGAGUUCUGUAACAAAACUUGCAUGCCCGGAUAUUAUGGUAUGGAAUGUAAGACAAAUUGUACUGGUCAUUGUCUUGAUGGUGCUUCCUGUCAUCAUAUAAGUGGAAAAUGUGAACAUGGAUGCGAGGAAGGAUGGAUGAUACCCAGUUGUGAUCAACCCUGCCAGGAUGGAUAUUAUGGAUCUAAUUGUAUGUAUACAUGCAGCAAUCAUUGUAAAAAUAAUUUACCGUGUGACAAGGCAAGUGGGAAAUGUGAAAGUUGUGCACCCGGGUACAUUGGAACACUUUGUAAUAAUUCAUGUUUAACAGGAACGUAUGGUCAAAAUUGUUCGGAGAACUGUAGUAUCAAAUGUCGAGGUCUAAAUUGUUUCCAUGAAAAUGGUUUCUGUACGAAUGGAUGUGAAGAUGGAUAUCAGGGAAAUACCUGCAUCAAAAAGUGCAAUGAAGGAUGGUAUGGGGAAAACUGCUCCAGACGUUGCAGCUUUAACUGUCAAAGGGAACUGUGUCAUAAUGUACAUGGAGAGUGUAGCUAUGGAUGUAACCCAGGAUGGACAGGUUCAAACUGCAAUCAAUUUUGCCAAAAGGGGUUUUAUGGAGAAAACUGCUCAAGAACAUGCAGUUCGUUUUGCAGAGAGCAACUUCGUUGUAACAACGAAAAUGGGAACUGUUUCAAUGGCUGCAUGGAUGGAUACAUAGAACCAAAAUGCAAUGAAAGUUGCAUCGGAGGGUGGUAUGGAAAAAACUGCUCUGAACCUUGUAAUGAAAACUGUGUAAAUCAGGCCUGUGAUCAUAAAGAUGGUAUGUGUGUGUUUGGAUGUACACCAGGCUGGACGUCUGCCAACUGUUCUAAAGCCUGUGAAAAAGGAUACUACGGCAAAAACUGCUCAAAAACCUGUUUCAAUUGCCUAAAGAAUGAUUGUGUACCUCUCAAUGGGACCUGUAUUCAUGGAUGUGACGACGGAUACAUAGGCCAUAAUUGCGAAAAACCUUGCGAUGUAGGAAUGUAUGGGAAGAUGUGCUCCAAUUCAUGUAAUCAAAAUUGUGCCUACAAGUCAUGUAACAACACCGAUGGUGGAUGUAAGCAUGGCUGUGAGGCAGGAUGGAUGGGUUUUAACUGUUCUGAAGAAUGUAUGCUUGGAAGGUAUGGAGAAAAUUGCAGAAAAAAUUGUGGUAGCUGUGCAGAAAACGAAACCUGUGAUAGGUUUAAUGGUACUUGCAGAAAUGGAUGUACAAAAGCAUUCACAGGAGAAAAGUGUAAUGAUAGAGUGUUGACUUUGAGGAAGACAGCAUUAGAGAGAGAGGCGGCAGAUAACGGUGUUCUGGGCGGUUCAUUGGCUACAUGCUUUCUCUUAAUAGGAGCUGUUGUGAUCAUAACUUUAUUUAUCAUUCGGCGGAAGAGAAAUAUCAAGGGAAAGGACACUUCAAAUCGACAACAAAGUUCAGUCGCAUUGACUUCAAAUGGCCAUGAAGAAAUUGAAAUAAAUGGCUUUGACAACGUAGUCUUUAAAACACAACCUGUACCAGAAAAGAUUUCUCCAAAGCACAAAACGAUAACAAUUUUGGAGUUAGAGGAAAGAAUAAAGUUCAUGUCUGACAAUGAGAAUGCUUCUUUUAAAAAAGAAUAUGAGAAAAUACCAAAAGGAGAAUUAUAUCCUUGUACUGAAGGGAAAAAACCUGAGAACGUCUCAAAAAAUCGAUACACGACAACUUUUCCUUAUGACCAUUCGAGAGUUAUCCUAAAGAAAUUAAAUCCUAAGGAAUCAGACUAUAUCAAUGCAAACUACAUUGAGAAUGCACAAGGACGAAGGGCUUAUAUUGCCACACAAGGGCCAAAACCAAAGACCAUUGCAGACUUCUGGAGAAUGGUUUGGCAAGAAAAUGUUUCUAUCAUCGUUUGUCUAACUAAUUUAAAAGAAGGCAUGAAGACGAAAUGUGCCCUGUAUUGGCCAAAUGUUAACGACAAAAUUCAGAACGGCCAACUGUACGUGAGGCAACAAGAUGAGAAAGUUUACGCAAACCACACAAUAAGAAAAUUACGGAUCCAAAAUACUGUUGAAAAUACUGAGCGUGACGUCAUAAUGUUCCACUAUACACAAUGGCCAGAUCACGCGGUCGCUGAUCCAUUAAGUCUCGUAGUAUUUCAUCGUCACGUGAUGAGGAUGUCUGCAAUUUACUACGCGGAAUAUUCAUUAGUUCACUGCAGUGCAGGUGUAGGAAGAACAGGGACAUAUAUUGCACUUGACGCCCUCUAUCGGCAAGCUGACGAAACAGGAAAAAUUAAUGUACCAAAAUAUUUAGAAACUAUGAGAAAAGACAGAAUGAAUAUGAUACAGGGCGAGGAUCAGUACAAAACAGUUUACUUGGCGUUAUACGAAUCGUUCAGAGGAAGAGCAAGAUCUAUCUCUACAGACAGAUUUCUAGAACAAUUCCAGGAGCAGAGCUGUCACACCAAUCUUGGACAUGUGGCCAACAAAUCUCCCUUAUCUGCUGAAUUUGAGGAGUUAUUCUCUUUGAGAAAAGAAUAUUUCGAGACAGAUUACGAAUUUGGAAGAAAGAAUAUGGAGGCAAACUUAUCUCCCAAUAUAUUGCCUGUUGAUGCGUAUAUGUGUCAUAUGGUUGACUCAAAGGGAGCAAGGAGAUACUAUAAUGCAAUUGUAUUACAGUCUUUCACGAGGAGUGACUGUCUUAUUAGCGCCCAAUUUCCGCUUCCGGAUUAUGUAGAAGACUUCUUGAGUCUCGUGAGAGCGUUUUAUACUCCAAUCAUUGUUUCAUUAUUUCCAUUGAGAGAGUUUCCAUCGUCUUCGUUUUGGGUCCCAAGGAAGAAUGAAAACAAAACAGUAGGAGAACACACCACCAAAUUUUCAGAUUGUACCAAAAUGCCAAGCAUCAUCAAAACCAAUAUCGUAUUGCACUCUAAGGUGGGAAGUGAUGUUCGAGUUACAAUACUAGAAAGCACCACCUGGAAAGGUGAAAACGAUACAACUGGUAGAAGAAUCUUAAUUGAUUUGAUUAAAGAGGCAAAGAUGGAAGAGACCACUUACCCUGGUGCAAGGAUUCUUGUACUAUCAAGUGAUGGUGCAAAGCGCUGUGGACAAUUCUGUGUUGUAUACAAUGCACUGGAACAAAUGUCCAUGGAUGGAGAAGUGGAUAUAUUUACCAUAACACGACAGCUACAGAUCCGUCGUCCUGAGUUUAUAAACAACUUGGAGGAUUACCAAUUUUGUUAUGAUGCCGUUGCUGAUUACCUACAAAAUGAUACAGUGUAUGCAAACUGCUAGAAACAAAAUUUUGUGGAACCUUGAUUUUAUCAUAUUUUAUUGUAAUUUAACUUUUAGGAAUAAGCCUAGUGGAAUUUUAAAAAGUGACUUGACUAUCGAAUAUUAAAACGUGUGUUAGUGAUAAUGAAUUUUACAAAGGUUUCUC